AUGCUGGAUCUCCGGAUUGACACUAUCAACUGCCGCGACCUCCGCUCCAGAACGAGGAUCGGGGAUGGACUCCCUGUUUCUGCUGAGCCAGGACUGACUCAUGACAUCCUUGUAUGCCGCACAACGGUCCGGCCAAAAGCCAAAGUGACUGGGAGGUGCAAGGGAGGCGGUUUGGAGUCGCCUCCAACAAAUAAGCUCCACAUGUCCACUCCGGGAGAGCGAAAGCUCUCCCAGAAACUCAUGGGACUAGAGGCUUGCAACCUACCCAUGAGUUUUAAAAUUUUUUACGCAAAACACAGUAAUAGAAAAGAGUCUCCUGAUUCCGGAGCAAAGCCUGGUACGGUAGCGCCAGGUAGGACGGAGUUGCAGGAGCCAUGUAGGCUACCAAAACGGAAAAGGACUAGGAUGGCGAUCUGUACUUAUAACGCACGUACGCUUGCAUCGGAAGCGGCCAUUGAAGAUCUGAUGAUGCAAGCCAAGAAGAUCAAGUACGACGUACUCGGACUGACCGAGGCGAGACGACUUCACCCUCUGAACGCCGUAUAUGAGACUGGAGAAGAACUGUUCUUAGGAACAUGCGACAGUAGAGGUGCUGGUGGAGUUGGCGUCCUCGUCAACACGAGUAUGGCAAAGAACAUCGACUCUUUUGAACAACUUACGACCCGAAUGGGACGUCUGCGGAUGAGAAUAUGUGGCCCAACACCAGCUUUGACUAUCUUCGUCGCUUACGCUCCAACAUCAAGCUACGAAGAAGAAGAAGUCGAAGCUUUCUAUAUGGACCUGGAGAAGUUCUACCGAGAAGACCAUGCCCUCUACAAGGUCAUAAUUGGCGAUUUCAACGCCAAGGUUGGCCCAAGAAGAACGCCGGAGGAACUUCACAUCGGAACCCACGGCCUACAAUGGAAUGACCAGGGGGAGAGGCUCUCCGAGUUCAUCAUGAUGACUAAGACCAUCCAUGGGAACUCGCAAUUCCAGAAGCCCUCCUUUCUACGCUGGACGUGGGAGUCACCCGGUGGAGGGUACCGUAAUGAAAUAGACCACAUCAUCGUCAAUAAAAGGUUAUGCCUGACGGACGUCGGUGUUGUACCAAAGUUCUAUACGGGAUCGGACCAUCGCCUCCUCCGAGGAAGAUUUUCCUUCACAAGGAGAGCACAGAAAGCCGCCAAGUGCAGAGAGAGAAAUCCCAGGACUACCAUCAACUGGGAUCUCUUCGCUACGCUAACCGGCUUUUGGGAAGAUUCCGCAAUGGGCAACUUCGACGAGGAAUAUGACCGGCUUGUUGAACACCUUCACGACUGCGCGAAGAAGGCUGAGAGUUUUGAAACCACCAAGAGAAGCAGGAAGAAAACGCGCGCACUACAGGAAGACCACCGACCCGAUGGUCAGAUUUCUUCACGAAGUCCUUCAAAGAAAAAUAUGAUGCUCUUCGUUCGACCAGUUCGAAGAUCAACGGGAGUCAAUGUGAUCAAGACAAACGCGUUGGCGAGUAGCCGGAAGGAAGAACCGCAUGUAUGCCAAUGUCACACUGUUUCGGAGUGA